GGGGGGGCCGUGAUGGCGGAGGGCAGCGCGCUGGAGCGGCCAGGCCUGGACAGGGCGGCGGGAGAGGAAUUCCUGCGGGAGGCCUUCGAGGUGCUGCUGGAUGAGGCUGUCCGCAAGGGCACGGACACGGCCCUCAAGGUGUGCGACUGGAGGGAGCCGCGGGAGCUGCGGGCGCUGCUGGACCUGGAGCUGCGCAGCCACGGGGAGCCCCCCCCAGCGCCUGCUGCAGCACUGCCGCGACAUCGCCCGCUACAGCGUUAAGACCGG